AUGAGCAUUGACUAUUUCAACAUUUUGCUUCCAUGUUGUAGCUAUCGCGUCGGCGGCUGGAGCCCCAUCAAGGACAUCAAGGACCCUCAUGUCAUAGAAAUCGGUGAAUUUGCGGUCUCUGAAUACGUCAGGAAGACGAAAUCAGACCUCAACUUUGUGACGGUUGUUAGCGGCGAGUCUCAGGUAGUCGCUGGCAUGAAUUACAAACUUGUGAUAACAGCAAAUCAUACCGGCGAGAGCAACAACUACGAGGCGAUUGUUUGGGAGAAGCCAUGGCUGAAAUCAAUGAAUCUCACUUCGUUCAAACCACUUGAAAAAUAA